AUGCCACCAAAGCUAAUCCCACAUCCCGAUCGUCCUGUCCGUGUCAAACCAGUGGUAAAACCACAAACGAAGACGAAGCAGAAGGGCAAGGGCAAGGCGAAGGCUCCUGUGGAAGCUCCUAAAACAGUACAAGAACUUAUACUCAACCAACAACAAAGUUUCGAGUUGGUUAAGAUUGGUGUCAAUGCUGCUGUCAGCCAGUUUGUCUUUGGUAGGAAAUUCUUUCCGAGUAAUUGCUACAAGACCCGAAUCUACAAUGCAUCCGAUCCAAACCUUACCUACGAAACUUUUAUCAACGGAACAAACAUCCCUAGGAACUUCAACUUGAAUGAAGCUGGUGAUGAAAUUGUUUCCUUCAAUUCCGUUGUGCGAGGAACGGGCCACCCUGGCGCAGAAAAACUUCUCGAUUGGCUGGAGUUCGGAGUUGGAGAUGCUGUAAACGAUAAAUGUUUGGCAAAAUUCCAACUUUCUGUUUAUCGAAAAGAAGUCGUCCCUGAACAGCUCGUUGAAGCAUUCACCAUAAAUUUUACUUACAAAGAUGUUGAAAAGAACCCCUAUGUUCAAAUUUCUGCUUCUUUGUCGAACAGGAAUGGAAAUACCAUCAAUUUAGGAUUGGCACAGGAGGGACUAAGGGACUUGAUUCGACAAGUUAUGAAUAGUUCUCGAAAUGUUCAAGGCCAAUCGGUUGGACGCAAAGUGAGUAUGCAAUUGCUGUACAAUGACAAUGCGCGCCCUAAGCAUGAAUAUCGAGGAUUCCGUGCUGCCUCGACAUCUCAGAUACUUCCUGAUGGUUGCGGAAUUCUUAUGGGUCAAACAAGCAACGGUAUUCAUGGACUUGAGAUAAAGUACUAUGAUGCCCCAGUCAUCGAUAGCCACUUUUCAAAAGCAACAGCAUUGAAUGAUGCGACGGUAGCCUCUAAUCGAAAACUUUUCGCAGCGGUCAGAGGUCUCAAAUCCACAGCACCACUGGCAAAUGUGAUUAUCGAUGACAAUAGUCAGUCUUCCUUGCGACAUAGUCAAUUAUCACAGAGCGUUGAUACGCAGCAGAGCACAAUGCAAUGGAUCAAUCAGAUUGGACACGGAAAAGGAUCUGGCGACACGGACACACAACCGAUACCCGCCUGCCCGCCAACCACCUUUGGAAAGCAUACGUCAUUUCAUGAAUCAGAAGAGCUCAAUGGCAAAAGAGUUGGAGAAGUGUCGGAAGAAGAGGAGGAGGAGGAGGUACGGUGCCAGUGUCUUAAUUAUGAUGACCGUGAGAAUUUGAUUCAAUGUGAAAAGUGUAGAAACUUUUGCCACAGUCAGUGCUAUGGCUAUAGCAGGGGAAGUGUCAGCGCGGAUUUCGAGUGCUAUGAGUGCCUUUUAGAAGAGUCGGAACCAGAGAUUCUUUUUCAGAAGAUGUACCCCCUAUGUGGCCGCAGACGCAUGGUGUAUUAUCUUGAACAGAAUGGUUUCAAUGAUAUGGAAGGUCUUUGCCAGUACAUGAAUUGGAACUUGGAAAAGACGCAGGGAGAAUUUGAGUCUUUGAAAACCGAAGGUAUCAUUAAGAAAUGUCCAAAGUCUUCUAAGGAGCCAUUUCGAUUCUCCGACCUCAAGAAGCUUCGAAUGGAAUUGUUUGAUCCAUCUAAACACAUUUCUCAUACCAAACCUUUUGCUACAGCAGUUCCAAAACCCGAUUUGACCCAUAAAUCCUUAGACCAGACCCAACUUACACCAGUUGCUCGUCGUCUUCGUCAACCUGACGGUUCAAUCAGAAGUGGCUUGCGAAGUGAAGGAAGCAGUACUCAGACCCCAAGUUCAUGGAGAAGCUUGCAUAACGAGACGUUGCGAAGAUCACCAAGAAGACCUGCUCAAACAACCCCUCAACAACCCAACAAACGUACUGGUGAUGAAGGAUUGGAUAGUGCUCGCAAGAGAAUGCGAUGUGCUCUAUCAGCGACUAGUCCCUUCAGUCUCAGAUCAAAUAGUUCACAUUAG